UUCCCGGGUCGUCCAUGGUGCCGCUGCGGAUGAUGCGGCGCCGAGGCGUCACCCAUGCUAUCAAGACAUGCGUCGCUAGAGCGUUCUCGACUUCAUAUUCGUGGCAAGACUCGCACUUAGUCGAUCGAUCCAUGUGCCACGAUGAAGCAUUGUGUGGGAACGAUCUCCAAGUGAUGGAAGAUGUCUUAUCCGAGCAUGAGGAGCGAGUACUGGCAGACGAAGCUGCCGCACUAUUACGGCGAAGACGAUACGAGGUAAAUCACUGGGACCAAGUGAUCAUCAACUUCAAGGAGAUGGAGACGAUCAAAUGGAGCCAAGAGGCUGCCGACAUUCUUGCGCGCGUGCGUAAAUUGCCAAUCUUGCCUCAAGACCUGGAGUACUUUCCUGCUGUCCACGUCAUUGACUUGGCAGCUGAAGGCUACAUCAAACCUCAUGUCGACUCGAUCAAGUUUUCCGGCCAAGUCGUAGCUGGUCUCAACUUACUCUCUCCCGCUGUCAUGCGCUUUCAAGAGGAGCAUGGCGACUCGCGGCUCGACCUGUUCUUGCCACGCCGAUCCUUCUACUGCAUGCGGUACACUCCCAUAUAGACAAGUGUAUGCCACGACGCGUGGCUUUCAUUCCUAGGGGCGGUGUACGCUACCGGUACACGCAUGAGAUUCUUCCAGGCAUUCAAGUCUUCCAGAACCAACCUGUUGAGCGCACCCGUCGCAUCUCCAUCAUGAUGCGUGACGUAAAUGUCGACACCCCAAUGUCGCCUUGAUUGAAUUGGAUGUAAAUGAAUCAUUUUUCAUGUAUUAA